AUGUUUCUUGAUCUACCAGUUAACCUGCUCUACACUAUUUUUGUUUACUCGUUUAUCGGAAUUUAUACCGAAAUACAAUUUAUGAUAUUUUCCACACUUACGGAGUCAAUAAACUAUAUGCAUAAUUUGACUCUGGAGCAUCAUUAUGGAAUAAAAGCCACUGAAGCAAAGUUAGUUUUUUUUUUAAUUUAGUUUUAAUAUUCUCAAAUACAGCAUUGCAUUAAUGUCCUCAAUCAUCAAUUUAUCUGGAGGUGUUGGUUUUAUUAUCUCAAUUUUCUUUCUGGUCCCGAAGUCAGAUUUAAAAGGCAGAAAAUAUCUUUGUGUUUACUCACGGUUUGUCAACAGUUUCUGAGUUGCAAUCACAGAAUUUCAAAAUUAAUAUUGCAGAUUUUUCCUCGGCUUUCUUUCUUCCCUUCUUCAACUUGGUGCAGCAGUGUUUCAAGCUUCGGAGCUUUACAUAAUUGCUCAAUGCAUAUUUUGCGCACAAAUUCCGAUACGGAUGUUUAUCACCGCAUUGUUCAUUUGUGAAUGUGCACCUGAUAAGAAUCGAGGUUCGUUUAAAAUACAUCAAAAGCACAAAACAAUUGUUUACUAGGGUUUGCAUCUGUUGCCUUGAUUAUUUGUGAUGUUAUCGGCCAAGUCAUAAUGUAGGUUUUUUUGGUUUGUAGUUCCAAAUCACACUUUUUUGAAGGUAUUCCAUUACUUCAACUACAAUUCUUGGGGGACCAUCCACAUGGUUUAUUUUUCCAUUAAUAUGUACAAUUGCGUAAGGACCUCUUAUUAUUUUUCGAGAAUAAUAUUCGUUUUUUUAAGGUCUGUUGCAUUGUUUAUGACAACAAUGAAACUUCCGGAAUCACCAAAAUGGCUGGUAAAAAUGAAUCGAUUCGAUGAAGCCAAAAAAUCCAUUUUAUUCUAUCACGGUCCAGAAUGCGAUUUGAGUGAGUUAAAAAAUCUCAAACCAAAAUUAAAUAAAUUAUUUUCUCUACAGAUACCACACUGAUUUCUAUGUUGAAAGAGAAAAACUUAACCCAGGUUGAUAAGAUUUCUUUGAGCGAAAUAUGGAAGAAUGAUACACUUCGAGAAGCUUUGAAAUUGAUUUUGGCUGUGAAUGCGUUUACAAUGUUGAGUCCAAUAGCUGUUGAGAAAAUCUAUACUGUGCAAAUUCAUAAUUCUGCAGGAUUUGAAAUUACAGAGGUAUGUUUUAUUGAAAUUUAAAAACAUCCCCCAGGCAAUAAUCAAAAAAAAUUCUAGGUUCUCAACAUCAACCUUAUCUUAUCAAUAAUCUUUAUUCCAACCAGAUUUGCUGGAACAUUAUUAAUUGAUUAUUUUGGCAGAAGACCAGUUUUGUUCAUUGCUGCAGCUCUAACGUAACUUUAUAACUAUUAAACCAAAAUUAUACAUUUUAUUCCAGAAACAUUAAAAUCUGGUUGAUGUCAAUUGCAUUAUCUUUAGCAUAUUUUGAAGGGUUCAGUUGGCUUUCAAAAUCUCUCACAAUAGUUUCAGAUUCUGUUGCUGAAUUGAUACAUGGAACAGGAUCUUAUGCGUUGAUGCCAUUGUUGGUUUCUGAAUUAUUUCCGCCUUCGGCUAGAACUGUUGUUUCUCAGGUAUGAAAAUCCCGUCAAUAACAUCAAAUACCUGAUAGGAUUUUUAGUGUAUCCUGGUGCUCACAACAUUUUCCAACAUUCCAACAUUGUUCAGUUUUCCAAUUAUCAAUUCAAUAUUCCCACCAGGAUUUUAUAUACCAUUCAUUUUCAUUCAGCCAAUAAUUGUUGGUUAUUUAUACAUGUAAGACAUUUUAUCGAGUUUCAAUAACAUAUGGAAUUGUUUUCAGUUAUCUCCCAGAAACCAAGGCUCGCGCAGUUUGUGAUAUUAUUGAUUCAUUUGAUCAAGAAGUCACUUCAAGAGUAAGAUUUGUUAAUAUGUUGAACCUUUAUUAUAUUUUUUAUAGCGAAAUACACUUCAAGAUGAGAGAAGACCACUUAUAAUUCGAGAUAGAGUAUGUUUUUUUUUCAAUAUAACUACGAUAAACAAGAUAUCAUUUCAGACAAUGAGUUUGGCUCACAAGAGAGGGAGUUUUUUGUUGUCGACAUCAAAGAGCAGAGUGGGCUGUUGUUUUUUUAGUUUUUGCUGAAAUUUAUGUUAUUUUCAGGCAUUGACGUAUUCAUAUGAUCAGAAAAUGGGUGCACGGGAGUGGAAUAAUUUUUAG